CGUGGUCACACCGUCAGCGGCUAGAAGAGCCCCCGAAGCUAACCAGAUAGGAAACUAAGUUAGCUUCUCAGCUAGUUAGCAACUUAUGGUACGUCUUUAUUCCACAAAGGAUUAAAUAAGGACUUCUUCUUCAUUAAUGUGUCGCACAUAGACUUGACGGCUACGGUGAUAAAACAUGGCGUCGUUAGCGGCGGCAGAAGCAGCGGUGGAGUCCAUCGUGCCCGCCUGCAUGUUCGCUCCGGACCGGGGCUGCACCGACGACGCGUCCGGCGUGGAGGGCUCCGAAGACGGGGAGGACACGAACGGAGAGUCCGCGGAUCAUCUCGACUUGAGCAGCAAGCUGGUCCUCGUGAGUCCGACGGGGCAACAGUACGAUUCGUUGCUCCGGCAUCUGAGGCAGCAGGUGGACGAGGGCUGCGGAGAGACCAUCUACGUGGUGGGGAUGGGUUCAGACGGGGGUGACUACGGUCUGGACGCCAAGGACAUGGAGGCGUCGGUGGCCACGGUGCGGUCGCUGUGCGAGCAGAUCGAGGCCGACCUGAUUCUGCUGCGCGAGAGGAUGGACGCCGGCGGGAGGAUUCGCGACUACCUCAUCCGGCGGCGUGUGGGCGAGCAGGAUUUCCUGGAAGUCAGAGUGGCGGUGGUAGGCAACGUGGACGCGGGGAAGAGCACGCUGCUGGGGGUCUUGACCCACGGUGAGCUGGACAAUGGCAGAGGCUUUGCUCGCCAGAAGCUCUUUAGACACAAACAUGAAAUGGAGAGUGGCAGGACCAGCAGUGUGGGCAAUGAUAUCCUGGGUUUUGACCAGGAGGGACAGGUGGUGAACAAGCCCGACAGCCACGGCGGCGGCCUGGACUGGACCAAGAUCUGUGAGAAGUCCUCCAAGGUCAUCACCUUCAUCGACCUCGCCGGCCACGAGAAGUACCUCAAGACCACCGUGUUCGGCAUGACGGGACACCUGCCCGACUUCUGCAUGCUCAUGGUGGGCAGUAACGCCGGCAUCGUGGGCAUGACCAAAGAGCACCUGGGUCUGGCUCUGGCCCUGAACGUGCCCGUGUUCGUGGUGGUCACUAAGAUCGACAUGUGUCCGGCCAACAUCCUGCAAGAGACGCUGAAGCUGCUGCAGAGGCUCCUGAAGUCGCCGGGCUGCAGGAAGAUCCCCGUGCUGGUCCAGAACACGGACGACGUCAUCGUCACGGCCUCCAACUUCAGCUCCGAGAGGAUGUGUCCCAUCUUCCAGAUCUCCAACGUGACGGGGGAGAACAUGGAGCUGCUGAAGAUGUUCCUCAACCUCCUCUCGUCCCGGACCAACUUCAACAACGACGAGCCGGCCGAGUUCCAGAUCGACGACACGUACUCGGUGCCGGGGGUGGGCACGGUGGUCUCGGGGACCACGUUACGCGGGAUGAUCCGUCUGAACGACACGCUGCUGCUGGGCCCCGACCCGCUGGGCACCUUCAUCCCCAUCACGGUCAAAUCCAUCCACCGCAAGAGGAUGCCCGUCAAAGAGGUCCGCGGGGGCCAGACGGCGUCCUUUGCCCUCAAAAAGAUCAAGCGCUCGUCCAUCAGGAAGGGGAUGGUGAUGGUCUCCCCGAAGCUGAUGCCACAGGCCACCUGGGAGUUCGAGGCCGAGAUCCUGGUGCUGCACCACCCCACCACGAUAUCCCCGAGAUACCAGGCCAUGGUCCACUGUGGCAGCAUCAGGCAGACGGCCACCAUCCUGACCAUGAACAAAGACUGCCUGCGGACGGGCGACAAGGCCGCGGUCCACUUCCGCUUCAUCAAGACCCCCGAGUACCUGCACUGCGACCACAAGCUGGUGUUCAGGGAAGGACGCACCAAGGCCGUGGGCACCAUCACCAAGCUCCUCCAGGCGGUGAACACGCAGGCGGCGAAGGCCCAGCAGGCCAAGCUGCUGGCCAGCAAGAAGACCUUCAAGGAGGGCGCGGCGGCCAAUGAGGAGGCCGGAUCCACGGCGCGGCCGGGGAGUCCCAACGCGGGGCAGCUCCCGACGGCGGCGGAGGAGGAGGCUCUGUGUAAAGAUGGCAACAAGGAGAACAAGCUCAAGUCGGGAGGCGGAGGCCGGCGGCGAGGCGGUCAGCGGCAUCGAGGGAAAGGUCUGAACGCGGCAACCAUCUCCACAGCGCUGCCUGCAGGAGCAGCGGGCACCGCCUAAAGAACACGCCUUCUUUCACGGGGGGGGGGGGGGGGGGGGGGGGGGGGGGGGCUGCACUCCAGUGGCCGUGUGCAAAGACUUAACGCCCAUGUCUUUGAUAUAAAAAAAUUAUAAUUCAGCAAUUUUCUCCCGGAAAGUGAUUUGAUUUUCCCCCUUUUUUUGAGUUAAUUUAUAACUUUUAUUUGUGGAGUUUUUUUUGCAGUUAUCUGAAAUGCGUAGAUUACAUCACACAACCUUUUUUCUAUUUUAAUACAAGCGUUUUUUGGUGCGUGUGGGUGGGGGGUGUUCAUCAGAACUUCUUUUAUAGCAUUAAACUGUUCCCCAGCCAGCGGAGGCAUUGCUCACUUGCCCCGCCUAAACUUUAGAAAUAAUAGAACUUUUUUUCUCCAUUUUUUUUUGUUUUUGCUCAUUUUCUUUUCCUCAUUCUUCACCUGACUUUCUUCAUUGCACCUUUUUUUUUUUCCCCCGGUCGGCCGUUGUAGAGUUUCACGAAGACGUUCUGUUCAGUAGAAAACGUUCCCUGUUCCAAAAAGCUCUCCGGCGUUGAGACCGGACGUUAGAAUCCAUUCGUGGAGUUAACUGAAAGGUAAUCGAUGCUCAUGGGAGGCGUUCGUGUCCGUCAACUAAAAGAUUAUGACGCCCGUUUGUUCGACGCUCGUUAGAUUUUGUAGUUUUGAAGUUUUGAGCUAAAAAUGCGUUCUUGAAACAUCUCGUCGUGGAUGCAGAGCAGAGCGGCCUCCGACCUUUAAUCCUCCUGCCAUAGAAAGGUCAUCUUCCUUUUGUAGCCAAUAAUCAUGCAGCCAAGAGAGAAGCACAACCUGCGCUCGCUUUUUUUUUGUUUAAUAUUUUUUUCUCAGACGCCUCCUUCGUUUGCCAGGAAAUAUUUCAACCCGGUCUGACCACUGAAAGUCCAGACGCUGACAAUCUCGUGCUCAGUGGCGUUGCACACUUUAAAUGUCAAAAAGCCAAGUGAGAACAUAUUUAUUUCAUUAUAAUAAUAAUAAUAAUAAAAGAAAUGUGUGCAGCCGUCACUCGAGUGCACGAUAUGAAUCAGAAUGUGUCUGUGAAGGGGGCAGACACAGGAAGUUGGAUACAAACCGUAUCAAUAACUUGAUGCUUGUAGUCGAUCCAGUCGCCCUUCAGCCAGAUAAACCACAAGGGGCUAAACCGUAGAGGGACGAUCAUUGGAGCAGGACGUCACAGCGGCGGCCAUUUUUUUAAUGUGCCCCCGUUGCCUUUGUGACCGUUGUAGCGAGCUAACUGUCGUAUAAACGAAACCAACGUGAGGUUUUGCAGGUUUGUGAAUGUUACAAAGCUUUCUGCGGCUCACUUUCUGUUACCGGUGUAGCGUUGCAGCGCGGCGGCGUUACCAACUUGAGCUAGCAUACAGCUGGCUAGUGAGCUAGCGUACAGCUGGCUAGGGAGUUAGCGUACAGCUGGCUAGGGAGUUAGCGUACAGCUGGCUAGCGAGCUAGCGUACAGCUGGCUAGCGAGCUAGCGUACAGCUGGCUAGCGAGCUAGCGUACAGCUGGCUAGCGAGCUAGCGUACAGCUGGCUAGCGAGCUAGCUCUUACAGCUGGCUGGUGAGCUAGCGUACAGCUGGCUAGCGAGCUAGCUCUUACAGCUGGCUGGCGAGCUAGUGUACAGUUGGCUAGCGAGCUAGCUCUUACAGCUGGCUAGCGUACAGCUGGCUAGCGGGCUAGCGUACAGCUGGCUAGCGGGCUAGCUCUUACAGCGGGCUAGCUCUUACAGCUGGCUAGCGAGCUAGUGUACAGUUGGCUAGCGAGCUAGCUCUUACAGCGGGCUAGCUUACAGCUGGCUAGCGGGCUAGCGUACAGCUGGCUAGCGGGCUAGCUCUUACAGCUGGCUAGCGGGCUAGCUCUUACAGCUGGCUAGCGAGCUAGCUCUUACAGCUGGCUGGUGAGCUAGCGUACAGCUGGCUCACUAGGAGAUGAGACCGAGCAGCUGGCCGGUCCGUCGACUCCUCGCUGCCCGUUCUCCUGUUAUUCCGAUGGUCUAAACUCACAUGGACUCUAAUAAGCUAACAAACCGUUGACCGCAUUGACACUGAACUCAAAGUUAACGAGUCGCCACGUUCCGACCUUUUGUUUUCCGUCUUCCUUCGGGUGUUAUCCAAUUGUUGGAAGGUAACUGAAUAGUGUUGUUGGGAUUCAUGAAUGUUUUCUUCUUCCAAAGCCCCAAAGUUCACUCUCAUGCACAACCUUUGACUUCAUGCCGUUCUGAAUUACCCAUUUUAUAAAGAUCACAAACCAACUGCCAGAUUAUUAGAAGAGACACGUUUUGUUUGUAUGUUCAAAAAUACAACGUUGUGCAGAGGAACUGAUGAUAAUGAGAAUAAUAUGCCAUUUAAAUUUAAGUGGUGCCAGUUUGUGUUGUAAAUCCUUUUAAAUAAAGAUGUUAUAGAAAAGUGA